UUCCCGCAGCCUCGGGCAGGGGCCGGCGCUGAGGACCACUAGUUGAACUCCACCCCGUGCCGGAGGAGCAGGCACCUCUGUCCAGAGCUCUAAAGGACAAAGGGAAGAACCAUGUCCACGAUUGCAGCUUUCUAUGGUGGCAAGUCCAUUCUCAUUACUGGGGCCACGGGCUUCAUGGGCAAAGUGCUGAUGGAGAAGCUGUUUUGCACUAGCCCCGACCUGAAAGUCUUUUACAUCCUUGUGAGGCCCAAGGCUGACCAGACACCGCAGCAGAGGGUUUUCCGGAUCCUAAAUAGUAAGCUCUUUGAAAAAGUCAAAGAAGUUUGUCCAGACGUGCAUGAGAAGAUCAGAGCUAUCUCUGCAGAUCUCAAUCAGAGCGACUUUGCCAUCAGCAAGGAGGACACGCAGGAGCUUCUCUCCUGCACAAACAUCGUCUUACACUGUGCCGCCACUGUACGCUUUGACGACCAUCUGAGACAUGCCGUGCAACUAAACGUCACUGCCACCCAGCAGCUCUUGCUUAUGGCCAGUCAGAUGCCAAAGCUCGAAGCCUUCAUACAUAUCUCUACUGCCUAUUCAAAUUGUAACCUGAAGCACAUCGAUGAAGUCAUCUAUCCAUGCCCUGUGGAGCCAAAAAAAAUCAUCGACUCCAUGGAUCUGGGAAAGGAUUUCUUCGGGCCAUAAGAACUACUCCGAUGG